UACCCUUGGUGUGAGUUGUGAUAGAAACUUGUAUUUUGUGUUGUCGAGCUUACCUUUUUAGCUAUGACCUUUCUGUCGUCUUUGAAUUUCUCCAGCUCAAUUUAAUCACAAUGCUCUCAUAAUUUGCGCGAAAAUGCAAUUUUAAUUCCACACAUUUCACUCGAUAAUCUCUACUUCAAUUCCGGAGAUUGAAUUGGAAACCCUAGAUCUUGGCUACAUUUCUUCGAUCGAUUUUCAAAAAGCUCAAUUUAGGGUUUGAAUUUUCUUCGGUGAUUUUUUAGAUCCACUGGUUCAGCGAUGCCGGUGGCUGCUUCUGCAAUCUACUUCUUGAAUCUUCGUGGUGAUGUUCUUAUCAAUCGCCUCUAUCGCGAUGAUGUCGGGGGCAACAUGGUUGAUGCAUUUCGGAUGCAUAUUAUGCAAACAAAGGAACUCGGGACUUGUCCUGUGAGACAGAUAGGAGGCUGCUCCUUCCUUUAUAUGAGAAUCAGCAAUGUGUAUAUUGUAAUUGUCGUCAGCAGCAAUGCUAAUGUGGCUUGCGCUUUCAAGUUUGUUGUUGAGGCUGUAAAUCUUUUCAAAUCUUACUUUGGUGGGCAAUUUGAUGAAGAUGCUAUUCGCAAUAAUUUUGUCCUGAUAUAUGAGUUGUUAGAUGAAAUUAUGGAUUUUGGUUACCCACAAAAUCUGUCCCCUGAAAUUUUAAAGCUUUACAUCACUCAAGAGGGAGUACGUUCACCAUUCUCGUCUAAGCCUGCUGAUAAACCAGUGCCAAAUGCAACGUUGCAAGUUACAGGUGCGGUUGGCUGGCGAAGAGAAGGUCUUAUGUAUAAAAAGAAUGAGGUGUUCCUAGAUAUCGUGGAAAGUGUCAAUCUUCUUAUGUCUUCGAAAGGUAGUGUGCUGCGUUGUGAUGUUACAGGAAAGAUUCUUAUGAAGUGCUUUCUCUCUGGAAUGCCUGAUUUGAAGCUGGGAUUGAACGAUAAACUUGGUCUUGAGAAGGAGUCACAGUUGAAAGCACGUCCGGCAAAAAGUGGAAAGACAAUUGAGCUGGAUGAUGUGACAUUCCACCAAUGUGUGAAUUUGACGAGGUUCAACUCGGAGAAGACCGUCAGUUUUGUUCCUCCAGAUGGUGAAUUUGAAUUAAUGAAAUAUCGUAUAACCGAGGGUGUUAACCUCCCCUUUCGAGUAUUGCCAACAAUCAAGGAAUUGGGUAGGACACGGAUGGAAGUGAAUGUUAAGGUCAAGAGUGUCUUUGGUGCGAAGAUGUUUGCUCUUGGAGUUGUGAUCAAAAUUCCAGUUCCCAAACAAACUGCUAAAACAAAUUUCCAAGUGACAUCUGGUAGAGCAAAGUAUAAUCCAUCUAUUGACAGCCUGGUCUGGAAAAUAAGAAAAUUCCCGGGCCAGACUGAAUCAACUUUAAGUGCUGAGGUAGAGUUGAUAUCUACCAUGGGAGAGAAGAAGUCCUCGACAAGACCACCAAUUCAAAUGGAAUUUCAGGUCCCUAUGUUCACCGCGUCAGGGUUACGUGUUCGUUUCCUCAAGGUAUGGGAGAAAAGUGGGUACAAUACCGUUGAAUGGGUUCGUUAUAUAACAAAGGCCGGUUCCUAUGAGGUUAGGUGUUAAAAUCAAUUGAAGUUGGCACAGAAGAGUUUUUUUCUUUUCUUUGAGCGCGCUGUAGAGAUUUUCAGGAGGUUGCUGGAUGUUAUAUAAUAUAACUAACUCCCAAGUUCAUGUUCACCCUUGCCUGGUUAAUCUUCUGCGCGUUGCUCACCGGAAACGCUUAUUACAAUUGUCCGUUGGCGUUAUCGUCAAAUCCUUACCCACCCCCUUGUAUUAUUAGAAAUUCAGUGUCUUUGAUAGCAUAGUAUUGUUGAUAUGAUUAUUUGCAUUUUAUAGUGUGGAAAUUAUACAUCUUAUGUAAAGAAUAAUUUCAGAGUUAUGGUACGGGAAGUUGCAUCCUGUGUACGGGGAGAUUCUCUCCACGUUGAAUUUGAUUGCUUAAUUUGAUCAUUGUGAUUUGUGA